ACAUAAUUUCUUACAUAAUCAAACUUUUAACCAGUGAAAAAAAUUUCAAACGAAAAAAAAAAGGAGCCCAAAAAGUUGCCGUUCAGAAAUCAUAUAUUUAAAAAUACGGUUAAAGCAAAGUAACGAAUAUCUGUACUUUUGGUUCCUAGUUCAUUCGAAACAACAACUGUAAAGUAGUGAUAUACGCCAUGUCCAAUUUGGAUAGUUUUAUUACUAGAAACAGGGGUGCAAUUGCCAUCACGGCUUUGGCUGGUGUUUCAGCUGUGGGUGCUUAUUAUUAUUAUACCACUCAACAACAGCAACAACAAGAUCAACAAGGUUCAACUGGUGCUACUGAAGAUGUGAAUGGUAGUAAGAAAACCAAGAAGUCCAAGAAGAAGAAGAAGACUUCUGCUGGUGGCAAAAGUGAAGAAUCUACUCCAACUUCAUCAGCUGGAUCAAAAUCAGUUGAAGAAGCUAGUUCUACUACUACUACUGCUGCUGUGGUUUAUCCAGUUAAUUCUGAAGGAUUACCUGCUAUCACUGAAGAUAUUGUGAAUAACUUAUCUGGGGAUGAAAAGGAAGUAUGGGCUUUAGCCUUAAAGGAAGAUGGUAAUAAUGAAUUUAAAAAUAAAAAAUUUGAAAAUGCUAUUGCCUUUUAUUCCGCUGCAUUACAAUUAAAAAUUGAUCCAAUUUUUUAUUCUAACAGAUCUGCUUGUUAUGCUGCUUUAAAUGAUCAUCAAAAUGUUAUUGCUGAUACUACUGAAGCCAUCAAAUUAAAACCUGAUUAUACUAAAUGUGUAUUAAGAAGAGCUACUUCUUAUGAAGUAUUAGAAGAUUAUCCAAAUGCUAUGUUUGAUUUAACUGCUUUAACCAUUUAUGGUGGUUUCAGUAAUAAAUCAAUUGAAGCUGUUUUAGAACGAGUUUUAAAGAAACAUUCGAUUAAAAUUGUCGAAAAUAAACCAAAACAAUAUAGAUUACCUUCUGCUUCAACUAUCAGUUCAUUCUUUGGUGCUUUUGUUGAAGAUUCAAGUCCUGAUGGAAUUAGUGCUGAAUCUGAAGAUGUGGCUGAUAAAUACUUGUUUGAAGCUUUGAAAGAAAUUAAUGCUAAUACUGCUAAUGGUUAUGAUACUGCUGAUACUUUACUUAAUCAAGCGGUUGAAGCUUAUAAUACUUCUGAAUUAACUUCGGAAUCUCCAAAAGCUGGUCUUGCAUCAAUUGCAUUAGAAUAUUUAUCUUCUUUCCAAUUUUUAAAGAAUGAUCCUGCUGCUGCUGCCAUUAGUAUUGAACAAGCCAUUAAUUUAAAACCAAGAGCAAGAUCAUUUGUGAUUAGAGCUUUAAUUAAUGCUGAUGCAAGUUCUAUGAAUAAUGCUAUUCAAGAUUUCCAAUUAGCUAAACAAUUGGAUCCAAAUAGUCCUGAUAUUUAUUAUCAAUUAGGUCAAUUCCAUUAUCUUCAAGGAGAAUUAGCUGAUGCUGAAGCUAAUUUCAAUAAAGCUAAAGAAUUAAAUGAAGAUAAUGUUUAUGCUUAUAUUCAAUUAGCUUGUAUUACUUAUAAAAAUGGAGGUAUAAAUGAAGCUACUGAAAAAUUCACGGCAGCUAAAUUAAAAUUUGCUACUUCACCAGAAGUUCCAAAUUAUUAUGGUGAAAUUUUAGCUGAUAAAGGUGAUAUUGCUGAAGCUUGUAAACAAUUCCAAAUUGCAGCAAGAUUACAAGAAUCAUUACCAAAUUUUUCCGUUGGUGCUUUACCAUUAAUUAAUGAAGCUACUUUAAUUUCCAGAGAAAGUUUAGAGAAAUUAGAUGAUGCAGAAAAAUUAUUAUUAAAAGCUUGUGAAUUAGAUCCAAAAUCUGAAUUAGCCAAGAUUUCAUUAGCCCAAAUCAAAUUACAAAAGGAUGAAGUUGAUGAAGCUAUUUUAUUAUUUGAAGAAUCAGCUGAUUUAGCUAGAACUUUUGAAGAAAAGAUUCAAGCUACUUCCUUUGCUGAAGCAAGUAAAAUGCAAAUGAGAAUUAAGAAUGAUCCAGUUUUAACUUCUAAAAUCAAUGAAAUCAUGAGAAAUACCACUGGUUAUCAAUAAGAUCAGUCAGUCAUAGAAUAUCACUCACCCAUAUCCCUAAUAAUCACUCAACCAAUCAACAAAUUAGUCAUUGCACCAUCCAUUCCUUCCUUCAUCGUUUAGAGUCUCUUUGUUUCAUCUUAAUCGUAUUUUGUUUUCUUGUAUAUUCCUUUUAUAUUUUAGUAUAUCUUUUUUUGUUAUUUGGAAAAUGAAAAAUUAAAAAUAUUUUCAAUCCUCCCCAACCCCACCAAUCAGUUCAUAACCAAACAACAACAACAACAGCCUA